GCGGCCCAACUGACAUUUCGUUGCAAAGCCAAGAUUUGCGCAUUGUUUGUGUUUCCGCGAAACAUGACAAACCGCGUUCGUUCCUGCUUGCCGCCGAUUUUUUUCAAAAUAAAAGCAAGUGGUGGUGUAGAGCUUGUGAUGCAAAAUGGCACACGUUCUCCAUGAGCUCGACGAUGCACAACCCUCGACCAGCAUUCCCAAAACGGUUUGCCCGGUGUGCGAUAAAUGGAUCCCGAAGGCCGAGAUCGAACAGCACGUAGAUGAUUGUCUUAACCAGAGUGAACACGCCGAAGAACAACCGACAUCCAGCACCGUAAAUGACGGCACCACAAGUUCCAAAACACCGACCACCGAAACAACACGCACGCGGCAACCUGUUGACGGGAAAGCGAGACGCAACUUUAGCAUUUUUGAACGCAGCCCAAAACCAGCUAAGCGGGCACGCAACGACGAUGCAUCACCCCACCCACCUAACCACACAGUAUCGAGCGCCGUAAUAGACAUACAUUCCGACGGUGAAGAAGAGCAAACGGCUGCAGAGCAGCAAAGCGCGAAGAAGUCGAGAACCGCUCCGACGCAGACAAAAGCACCACCCCAAAGCAAACAACCGUUACCACCACUCGCCGAGCUGAUGCGCCCAACGGAAAUCGAACACUACGUCGGGCAGGAUCAAAUAAUCGGCCGGAACACAAUCCUUCGCAAACUGCUCGAUAGCGGCACCAUACCGAGCCUGAUACUGUGGGGCCCGCCGGGCUGUGGUAAAACGACACUGGCGAACAUUAUUGCCGGUCGCUGCAAGCGCGAUACAGCCACGUUACGAUUUGUGAAGCUUUCCGCCACGAUGGCGGGUGUGGCAGAGGUGAAGGAGGUGGUAAAGGCCGCCAAAGCCGAUCUCAAGUACAACCGGCGUACGAUGCUGUUUAUGGACGAGAUACAUCGGUUUAACAAGCUGCAGCAGGACAUCUUUCUGCCGCACGUAGAAUCCGGCACGAUCACGCUGAUCGGUGCGACGACGGAAAAUCCAUCGUUCAGCCUUAACUCGGCCCUGCUCAGCCGGUGCCGGGUGAUCGUGCUGGAGAAGCAUACGGUGGACAGCAUGAUGCAGAUACUGACCCGUGCGCUGCCCGAGUACGAAACCGUCAUGGUACCGGAGUGCGUGAACAAUAAUGUGGAUAAGGUGCCCGACUUUAGCAAGCUGCCGUUCAUCCCACGCACGAUAAUCCACGAGGAAACGGUGCGCUGGCUCGCGGAAACCUGCGACGGAGAUGCCCGUAUCGGACUGAACAGUUUGCAGCUAGCUCUGUCCGGUGGUGCUGCCGAACCGUUGAACGGCAGUAACGCUUACGAUCCACCGAAAACCGUCACGCUGCAGGACGUCCGCGAGGGUAUAAAGAAAUCGCACCUACUGUACGAUCGUAAAGGCGACCAACACUACGACAUCGUAUCCGCCCUGCACAAAUCCAUCCGCGCUUCGGACGAUAAUGCGGCCCUGUACUGGGCGACGCGUAUGAUCGCGUCCGGCGAAGAUCCACGCUACAUCUGCCGCCGGAUGAUACGCAUGGCGAGCGAGGACAUCGGUCUGGCGGACACGAAUGCGCUGCAGGUAGCGACCGCAACGCUGACCGCCGUGCAGUCGGUCGGUUUGCCGGAAGCGGACUGCAUCAUUGCGCACUGUGCCGUCUACCUGGCCCGCGCACCGAAAAGCCGCCAACUGUACGAUGCGUACCGUCGCUGCCGGGUGUCGAUCGACGAAUGGCGGCGAGGGCCGAUGCCGGCCGUGCCGCUCCAUCUGCGCAAUGCACCGACGAAGCUGAUGAAGGAUCUGCAGUACGGUGCGGGUUACAACUUGCUGCACAAGGAUCAGUCCGGCUUGAGCUACAUGCCGGAAGGAUUGGAGGACGAGAACUACUUUUCGGAAUAGGAAGAGCGGCAGUGGCAUUGAAGAAUGAGUAAAUAAACCGAGUUUUCCUUCUUAA